CUUCUCCACCUCCUACUUCAAAUACAGCGACAUGACAUCAGAUUCUAACUGGUUACACUUCAAUUCUCAUCAACCCAAACGGAAAAGAGCCGAGCUUGUAUGUCUUACAUGCCAUGCUAAGAAGAUCAAAUGCAAUAUCCAGCUUCGCAAGAGUCAAGGCCAUAACGACUGUAGCAACUGCUCGACCUCUGGCAGGGAAUGCCGCAUUAGGCCUUCUAAACGGGAGAAGAGGCGGAAAGGUGCCCGGCAUGAUGGAGAGCAGCACAUCACUGGCCCCACCAAUGAGGAUGAAUUCCUGAUUGGGAACCCCAUAGGGAACGACAACCCUGUUGACAACACUGUUCGAAUAUCAAAUGGCGUAGAUGCCCUCCUUGCUGCCGAUGCCACUUUUCAGGUGGCAUCUGGAGCGCUCGAACGGCCUCAACAGACAAUGCCUGCGGCAGUUCGCAACAUCGACGUCCCUAAUUUUCAUCACAACCCUUCGCCACAGAAUACAUUCCAGAUUCAAGACCACUCUCCCGCACAGUCACAUAAGCCCUCGACUAACCACACCGAUACCACUCCAACACAGGUUGGUGAUGUGGAUUCUGGCUUUCUCCAGGUAUAUGGACCCGAAAAUCAGCACGACGCCGAUAAUCAGGCUCUCGUCGCCCAGCUAGAGCACAAGUAUAGCUCUCAAAUGCACCCGGAUCUUGAACAGAUUUUCACGGAGACGUACUUUGAGUAUUGUUAUACAUGGUGUCCAGUACUCGAACAAGCCACAUUGUCUGAAGAUAUCGCCCGGUCGCCGCUUUUGGCCAACGCUCUUGCGCUUGCAGCGUCACAUAUCCAGCCUCCUCUCCUGCCCCACGAAGGACCCGAGGCGUAUUACAAAAAGGCUAGAACUAUCUUCUACGACGACGAGGAAGCUGAUAGUUUGACUUCAUUGAAGGCACUUUGUCUCUUCUACUGGUGGGCUCCCUUAUCCCCUUCACGCGUACAUCGCCAUAGUUCGUGGUGGUGGACCUCGGUAAUCAUACGGCACGCACAACAGAUGGGAAUACAUCGAGAACCGGGCAUUGAACACCCAAAUCGCGCUGCACUGGAUCUAAGUUUGAGGCGUAAGAUCUGGUGGACCGCAUUUGCGCGCGAGCGACUCACUGCUCUCUGCCAAAGCAAACCUAUCAUUAUCGAUCCGGACGACUGCAACAUUGCGGAACCGACUUUGUUGGACUUUGGGGGCGAUGCGCGAAGCCAAAGACAAGGUGAGAUAUUCAUCCACUGGGUUCGUCUUUGUGCCAUUAUCGGCCGCAUCGCCAAAUUCCUACUACAACCAGAAAAGGCGACGACAAGCGCUUUUCCCAAUCAGCUCCGGGAAGAACUGGUCAAUUGGGUACAUUCGUUGCCACCGCGAUUGCAGUUGCGGAUCGAUGCUUCAAGGACACAAUCAUUCGAUCGGGAUGUUCACCAGCUGCACCUUUUCUACCUGACUACCAUUGUCAUAUUACAUCUCAAGCGAUCUAGCGGUCAUCUACCGCAGGCUUUGCCACCUGCGAUUCUCGCUGCCUCUUGUACGGCGAGGAUUCUGAAAGAUAUUCUUGCCCGCGGGAAUUCUAGGUUUCUGAUGGCGAUCACUUGUUGGCAUGUUGGCACAGCAUCCAUUGCUCUUCUUCAAGCUUGCCGGAUACAACAUCUGUCAAGUUUCGCCAACGAGGACCUCGACAUCCUUCAGCACACAGUUAAGCAGCUACAGACUAUGUGGGCAUCCGCAAAUGUUAUUGCCUCUGGGAUUGAACGCCUGCGACGACCAGAGUCCAUUAUAGCUCUUGCGGCACAGAACCAGAACGACAGCUCGGCCUCGAAUAAUUUGCAAAGCGACGACGCGGCCUUUCGAUUAGGCGCUAUUUCUAUGGCCAAUCACGACGACGAGGAUAACGACUUCGAUUGGAUGCGCUUUUUUCCCUUCGUCACCAAAUCGACUAACGGAAUUGCUGCGAGUCUAAUAUCCGGGAGGGAACAAGGCACGGCGACAAGGGGUUUCCCUUCACCGAACAAUGAGCUGUUUCACGACACGUUGCUUGCGCAGUAUCAGGACUUAUUUGAUCCUUUCACUGAUUAUGCUAUGGCCUUUACAGACAUCCCACUUCAUCAUUGAUGGCUGGAAAGUGGAAAAAAUGUCGCAUUGUACUAUCUUGCAUGUGAAAUGUAUUGUUAUUUACUUAGGUAUCUGCGCUGUAAUGAAAUCUAGCCU